CCUCAUUCCCAAAUCAACCAGAAAUGAAGGCCCGAACCCAUCGAUCGAUCCAAAAGUGCCCCAAAUCUACCUCAAAUUCACCACUGAAUCCCCAAAAUUAGAACCCAAACCCUGCACCUACCCAUUCAAAUCUGAACUCGCCAUUUCCACUCCCACCACCCCAAACCCGCCGCAUUCUCCAGAUUCCCACCGAAAUCCACCGCCAUGGCUACCGCACUCUCCAAAUCCACCCCCAAAUCCCACCCUAGGUCGCCCACCACCGCGCAGCCACCACCGUCGAACUCGGGCCCCGCCGCUGCGUCGGCGGGCGGGGGCAUGGUGCCGACAUCAGGGGUCACCAGCGCGACGCCGUCGAAGAACAUGGCGAUGGUGGAGCUCAAGUCGCGUGUGCUUGCCACGCUCGCGAAGCUCUCCGACCGCAAGACACACCACAUCGCCGUCGAGGACCUAGACCGCAUCAUCCGCUCACUGCCGUCCCCGGGCGCUGUGCUCAUGCUGCUCAACUCACUGGCCUCUGACUCCCGGGGGCUCGCCUCCCCGGCUAGGUGCGAGUCAUUGCGCCUCCUCGCCACUUGGACCACGCCGCCUCACUGCCGUACUUCCUGGAGAAACUACAUUCAAGGGCCGGGUGUUUAUGACCCAUGCGACAGAGGCCAUUUACAAGCUGCUGCUUUCGGAUUAUGUCAAAGUGAGCAAAGUUUCCGUGGAGGAUAUGCUGUAUGAUGAGAGUGACAUUCUUCGUUCUAUGGACAAAAUUGAGGUAUCUCCAUACUGUUUAUCUGUUUCUUUUUCCCCAUCAGUAUAUUAGUUAAGUCCAUCUCAUUUCAUAUGAAUAUUCAUUGUGUUCUAUGGUGUUAUAUAGCGACCAGUUGAUAAACAAAUUGUUCACUUGCUUUGGAAGCCUAUUCAGAACAGGUAUAUUAGACCGAGAAAAAAUGUGUGCUUUUAAGAUGCUCAAGUUAUUGCCUAGAUGUCUGGUGCAUAUUUCAAAGUGAAAUUAUUUUUCACCUCUCUAUUCCCCCUUCUUUCUAGCACUUGUUUACCCUUAUUAAAAGCUUGUAUUAACAAACCUGUGAACGGCA